AUGCUAACGGCCGCUCAGAACAGCACAACAGUAACUUAACCACUUUGGGCAGGAAAGCAGAAGAUCAAGUGGCGGCGGCAGUUAUCGUCCUUUCAGCUUAAUCCCCAUUCCCCAGUGUGAGUGAGAGAGAGAGAGAGAGAGAGAAGAGAGAGAGAGAGAGAGAAACUUCUCUUACAAAGGUCCUCAAAGCUUCAGACCAUCAUUUUCACCUUAUCUCUCUGUCUAUACACACACAUACCCCUACAAUAUAUACACAUAUACCUGCACAGCCAGACAUUUCUGUGUCUGUCAAUUCAUGUAAUUUGAAACCCUAUACGAUUUCCAGAUCCUUACUCGCAUUGGAACUUUGUGGUGGGAUUCGAUGCGUCUCGACAAGUGUUUUUGAGAGAGAGAGAGAGAGAGAUGAUUUUGAACACUUCAUUCACCGCUUGGAUCAAUCGCUUUAUCAAUUGCGCUAGAGCAGAGGUUGUUUUGGAUGCUGUAUCAAACCCACGCCAAUUACUGCUGUGGACGAGCCCUCAAAGGGACUCAGAAUCCAAGGGCAGACAGUAAAGAAACCCAGUGCAUCUGACGAUUUUUGGAGCACAAGCACAUAUGAGAUGGAUAAUAGCACAGUUCAAUCUCAGAAAAGCAUGUCAUCUAUCAGUAUAUCGAACCAGAGCCUGAGUCACAGUUUCGGCACCGGCAGCACUAGCAACCAUUCUGAAUUUGUAAACCAUGGUCUUCUUCUCUGGAACCAGACCAGGCUUCAGUGGAGUGGAAAUAGAAAAACUGACAACCAUAGACCAUUCCGCAAACCCAGAUUAAGCUGGGAUGGGCCUUGUGAGAACAUGCUAGGGUCCAACGAACGAUGUCCUCAACCAAUCCCUCUACCCGAAAUGGUAGAAUUUCUAGCAGACAUGUGGGAGCAGGAGGGUUUGUACCAGUGAGGAACUCCUCGAUGUUGUACUAUAGCUUUCAUCGUAUAUAUUGAAGUACUACCAUCUUUGCAAGAUUUAACUCAGGAGCUGGGUUUGCAUCUGGGCACAAAAAAAAAAGAGCAAAAGAUUUGUCAACGGUCCUACGGAUGAAAAGAGUGAAAAAGGUGAAGGGUUGCAUUUCAAUUGCCAUGUGACAAACCAAUUUGAGAUCAACCUUCUAUUUUUCAUCUAUGAUUUCUUUCCUCCUCUGUAAAUACCUAGUAUUUGAAUAGAUCUUCCCCCGUGCAUCUUAUCUGAAUAUAUGGAAGCAUCAACGUUGGCAUGGAAUUGAGCUAUCAAUAACAUGGAGAUGAUGACAAGUUUGAACCAA